AUGUUUUCAACAGUUCAGCACAAAGAGACAAUUUCCCAUGAAAUUCUUUUGGCUCACUUCAAGAAAAAUAAGGUGGAGAUAGCGAAUGCAAUAACAAAACCAUUUCCUUUCGUUGAGAGCCUCAGAGACCACUUCCUCAUCACUGAAGAGCUCUAUAAUGAUUUUCAAGAAGCUUGUAAAGACUUGGUUCCUGUAGGAAGAGUGGUGUAUCAUAUUCUCUGCCACCUUGAGAAGAUUUUUGAUUGGUCACUUCUACAAGCUCUGUUCAGCAGGGUUCAUCUGAAGGAGUAUCCUGAUUUAAUUCAGGUUCAUAGAAGCUUCAAAAAUGUGAUCCAAGACAAACAUUUUUUCUGGGAAAGUGAUAGAGAAGAGACACACGAAAUGCUCAGCACUCAGCCAAGCUAUGAACUAGGGCCAGAGCUAUCCACACAUGAAAGUCUAGUGCAAUCUUGUGCUGUGGGUCUGAUGGAUAUGCAGAAGACAAUUUCAUCUUGUCCCCCUGAGAUGAAUGAAGGAGGCCAGCAAGCAAGGCCAGCACGUGACCAAGCACCUGAAAUAAUUGUGAUCAUCUGUGAAUCCAAUGGGCAGGAAGUGCCUCCAGAAGCCCAGAGAUCAGCACCAAGAUGUGGGCCUGGUGAGGAGUGUGAGGAUGGCCAGCCUGGGCCUGCAGAACAUCUGGCAUCUGUAUUCAGAGCUCCUGUUUCUUGACGUGUUUUACUUUAAAAACAAACAAACAUAUUUGUAAA